AUGUCCAAGAUACUAGUCGUAUUUGGAGCCACUGGAAACCAGGGUGGUUCCGUCGUCAAUUAUGUCCUCAACGAUCCUCAGCUCUCCCAGGUUUACCGUGUUCGCGCCGUGACUCGUAACCCUUCUCAGCCUGCCGCUCACAACCUCCAAGCCAAGGGAGUCGAAAUUGUCCAGGCCGAUGCAGAUGACCCUCAAUCCCUUCAACGAGCCCUUGAUGGUGCGAGCACCGUUUUCAUCCUCACCACUGAGGCCUACAGCAAGGCCCGCGAAAUUGCACAAGGGAAGGCUAUCGCAGAUGCCGCAGUUGCCGCAGGGCUCGAGUACAUCAUCUACAGCACCCUGCCGGGCGUAACGGAAAUCACCGGCGGCCGCUAUCGUAAGGUAGGAUACUACGAUAGCAAGGCAGAAACUGAGCAAUACAUCCGAUCCUUGCCGAUUCGAAGUGCAUUCUUUGCCCCAGGGUGCUAUAUGCAGAAUUUCCACAACGUGAUGAAGCCUCAGGAUCUGGGGGAUGGGACGUAUGGCAUUGUUAAUUUCGUCUCGCCCGAUACACUACUGCCGCUCAUUGAUAUCAACGAUUCGGGGAAGUUUGUGGGGGCGAUUCUUGCUGAGCCGGACAGAUUUGAGGGCGAGAUGGUGGCUGCGGCCGAGAAGCUCUAUUCUUUUUACGAUGUGGCCAACCUGCUGAGCAGCUCCCUCGGCAAGACAGUCAAGUAUCAGCAGGUGGCAUUGAGUACAUUUAGAAGUCAUCUUCCCCCUGACCAUGCCGAUGCUUUAGUGGAGACUAUGGGGUUUUUUGAAGAUUAUGGCUAUUAUGGACCACACACGAGGGAUUUGGUCGCAAAAGGUGCAAAGCAUGCUGCACACCCAUUAACCACCUUCGAAGCAUACCUCACCCAGCAGCCUAUUGAUUUGUGA